CUCUGGAGGGGGGGGCCGCGCUGCGUGCGACGCGCGUUGGAGACGGCGUUGCCGUGCCGCAGCAUCGCUGAUCGCAUUAUUCAAACCGCUGCUUCGUGCAACGAGUGCGCAUCCGUUCCUGCCGCAGCACUCCACUUUAUCUUUGGCGCCAGCAAAGCUAAGCUGCGCCGGACGCCGUCGCAGCGAGCUAGAAACGGCUUAGGGGUGCCUCCAGCGGGUCGCGCGGUCGACGCGAGCCACUGGGCGAAAAGAUGACCGAGGGCGGCAUGGGCGCCGCGGCGCUGCUCGCGAAGGCCGAGGAGAUCAAGGCCAAGGGCAAUGAAUUUUUCAAGAAUGGGGAUUAUAAAAAAGCCAUUACAAGGUUCGCACGCAUCCGAGCUUAUACGUGGGUUCCUUCCGGCGAGGCUAGACAAUACGGCGGCAUGGGCGCGAACGCGUCCCGGGAGUUUCAGUACGCGGAAACGGAGACCCAGCAACUCACGCGGCUCGACCAGAUCGCCUGCGGGAACAUCGCGCAGUGCUACCUGGAGCUGGGCCAGUUCCGGAAAGCGCUGGAUUUCAACGCCAAGGUUUGUGGGCCGCCCUGCUCUCGAGGGAGUGAGGCGGCCGAGCGGCAGGAUCGGGAAGCCCCGAACCCCGACCUCCACGUGAAAGCGUUAUCUCGGUCGUCGCGCUGUUUGUUGGCCAUGGGCGACCUGGACGGGGCGAAGGACUGCGUCCUUAGAGCCCUCGGCCUCGACCCGCAGUACAAGCCCGCGCGCGCGCUGUACAAGAAGCUCCAGGAGGCCUUCCGCGAGCACGCGGCGAAACAGAAGCAAACCCUCAAGGGCGCCUUCGCCGCGGACCACGCGAUCACGGCCGACGACCGCGUCGACCUCGAGCCCGACCGGCUGCCCAUCGACGAGGACCCGUCGGACGGCGCAUGAAACUUGUUGUUGUCGCUUUCUAGGCGGCUUUAUAAACAUAUACUUAUCACUC